AUGAAAGCUGUUGUAUUCUUUGCACUGGCACUCUUUGCCGGCGGCGCCUCUGCCGCCUGGCACCAGGUUUGGUCAGAUGAGUUCAAUGGAAACCACCUCGACGACAACAACUGGGUCUACGAGACGGGCUGCGGUCUGACGAACAAUGAAGAGCAGUGCUACACCUCACACCGACCGCAGAAUGUGCGCGUGGAGAACGGCCACCUGGUGAUCGACGUGAAGGUGGAGGAGUACCAGGGACGGCACUUCACCUCAGGUCGAGUGCACUCGAAGCACGCCUGGACCUAUGGCCGAUUCGAGGCCCGUGCCCGUUUGACCAGUGGCCACCACCUGUGGCCGGCCAUCUGGAUGAUGCCCAGAGAUUCGAAGUACGGACAGUGGGCGGCCUCGGGUGAAAUCGACAUAAUGGAGCUGCGUGGUGAUAAGCCGCAUGAGAUCAUGGGCACCAUCCACUACGGAGGCACAGCACCGAACAACAUCUACCACGGCUCUGGAGAGCGAAACUACCCGCAAGACUUCAGCCAGGACUACCACACCUUUGCCGUGGAAUGGUCACCCACUGACAUCAAGUGGUUCGUUGAUAACCAACACUACCACACGGAGAACAUCAACCGAAACAUGUGGAGCGGCAAGGGUCACAACCCCUACAACAAGAACGGACAGCCCUUUGACCAGCCCUUUUUCUGGAUUCUCAACGUCGCUGUCGGUGGCAACUUCUUCGGUCCUGGUCCCUAUGUGAACAGAGAUCAGGCUCGCGGCUGGCACAAACACACCAUGGAGGUGGACUACCUGCGUGUCUUUGAAUGGCAUUAG